CCGAGAUAUGCGAGCAAUAGAUAUUAGGCAGCGCCAUCGAGCGUCAAUCCAGAUCCUCCGUAGAUACAGCGUAACCGGGAAUCGGAGCAGCCAGCGAAUCCCGCGGGAAACGGACGUCACUCCGGGAAGUUUUUCGCUGAUAAGAAGUUAUUUAUCUUGGUUUUGAUAUCAUCAAAGUAGCCAUACUUGAACCCCGGAGCUCCAACAUUCUUCGUUCUGUCCCACGUCACAUACUCUUUCUUGUACAUCAACCUCAUCUCCGAAGAUCUCAAAUAAGAUAGAACAGACGAAACGUCCAAUACAAUGGCAGCAUCCGCAACCCAGAUCGGCUGGGUACGUACAGAUUACUCGGAAUCCGAUCUACCUCCAUGGAAAAUGACUCAGUAGACUGACAAACAGCAAAUUCGCAGUACGGCCUCGGGUCCAUGGGCCUGGCCAUGGCAACAAACCUCCAAAGACACCUAGCGGCCAAGAAAGCCGUCAAUCUGAUCUAUUCCAACCGAACCAUGUCCCGAGGUGAUCCCCUAAAGGCACUCGGCGCAGUUCCAGAGUCUAGCUUCGAGAAGCUCGUCGGACGGUGCGGAAUCAUCUUUACCAUGGUAUCCGACGACACAGUCCUCAAAAACCUAAUCUCCUCCGCUCUCAACUCGGGAGAAUCUCUCUCCAGCAAAAUUUUUGUCGACUGUUCCACCGUUCACCCAGACACAAUUUGCGCCACGGCCUCUCAGCUGAAAGAGAAGGAUGCGGUUUUCCUCUCCGCGCCAGUGUUUGGUGGUAACCCCAUCGCCGUUGCAGGGAAGCUCGUUUUCGCUAUUGGUGGGCCCAAGGAGGCGAGUGAGGCUGUCAAGCCGCUCAUUCAGGAUGUCAUGGGGAGGAAGAUCAUCGAUUGCGGGGAGGAAGCAACGAAGUCUUCUCUUUUGAAGAUUGCAGGGAAUAUUGUCACAGUCAGCCUUAUGGAAGCAGUCGGUGAAGCUCAAGUCUUCGCAGAGAAAACCGGUCUAGGAACCGGUCCAAUGGAAGAACUCAUUGGCGAUGCCUUUGGUCCUGUCGCCGGGGGUUACUCUAAGAGAUUAACAACGGGAGUGUACGCUCCACCACUCGACUCCCGGCCGGGAUUCGGUGUCUCCCUAUCAAUCAAGGAUGCGAAGCACGCAGCUGCCAUUGCCAAGGACCAUGGCGUCGAACUUCCAGGUCUUCAGGUUGCAGAGGACAAUAUGGUCGCUGCUAGGGAGUAUGGGGGUGAAUGUCUGGAUAGCAGUUCCAUGUAUGGCAUUCUAAGACAGAGGGCCGGGUUGGCCUUUUGGAAUGAGAAGAGUAGGCAAGGGGGAAAGUAAAAUGGAAAUACGAGAUACCAAAUAAGGGGCUUUAUUUUACGGUCGUAUAUAGAUUUCAAGUCAAGGGACACAUCUGAGUACCGGAUACAGGUAGGUGGUUUUGGUUAUAACAUUGGAAUAAUGCCACUAUACGAAAUGGAAUUUCUAGAACCAC